GUCCUCAUAACCGGCGCCUCCCGCGGCAUCGGCCUCGCCACAGCCCUCUCCUUCGCCCGAUCAGGCUACUCCCGCAUCGCCAUUCUCGCCCGCUCAGACCUCACCGGCGCAAAGCAAAAGAUCCUCGCCGCCGCGAGCGAAGCCAACCGUUCAAAACCACACGUCCUAGAACUACAGGCGGAUAUCUCAGACCCAGACGCCGUAGCGAGAUGCAUGGCUCUGGUGAAGAACCUCUUCGGCCACAUAGACAUCCUCAUCAACAACGCCAGCCGGCUCUCCUCCUGGACGCCCCUCGGCGACAGCGACAUCGACGAUUGGUGGCAGACAUGGGAAGUCAACAUCAUCAAGGGAACCUACCUCGUCACUCGCUCCGCACUCCCGCUCCUCCUCCACUCUACCCUCAAAACAAUCCUCACAAUCACCAGCGCCGGCGCUUUCGCCUCCCUGCCCGGCGGCGGCGGCGGCGCCUCCGCAUACCAAGGGACCAAAGCCGCGCAGAUAAAAGUGACCGAAGACCUGAUGGCCGAGUACGCCUCGCAGGGCCUUUUGGCGUACGCCGUGCACCCCUGCGCGACGCCGACGGCUGGGACGCUGGAGAAGAUG